AUGGACAGUACCGGAACAUCACUGGUAAUAUUCAGUGAUAAGUUGUCGGUGCAACCCAGAUGGGCUUCCUCGUUUCUCCUUUUACUGGCUUCGUUGACAGGGCAAAGACGGCCUUGUCUCAAAACGGACGUGCAUAACUUCUCAAAAUUGACCGGAAUCCUACUUGAUGUGGAUUAA